CACGAGGCGACUUCGUGACUCAUAAUAAGGACCACAUGUACUAUAAUAAGGACCAGAUGUAGGACACGAGGUCCGGGAGAUAGCCGCGUUAGGCGAGGUCAGUCGAGAGAGACCCGAGAAGGAGUAGGUCAGGGAGAGAGGAUCUGGGAAUAAAGUACACCUCAUCGCAACUUCGGUGUCUCUGCUUCAUCCUUACUUACGACCCUAUAACUGUGAGUCGGCCACCGUGACAAAGUGGUAGUACGGCUGGGGUCCCGCCAAGUUAAACGGACGAGACGACGAGGAGUCGGAGAGAAAGAAGAAGAAGAUAGCGACACGUGGCAGAGCGUCGAGCCGGUGGCGUCGGAGACCCGGAGGAGAGCUGCGGUGCGGUGAAGAGGGCUGAGCCGCGGAGCUGACCAGCAAGGGGACCGGCCGGUGACAUCUAGGACAUAGGUGGGUGGGCAACUUGCAUCCAUUGACAGCCGCACAGUCACUACUUAGACUUAGUUAGUAGAGUUAUACUUAGUCUGCAUUCAUUGUGUAGAUAUGGCAGCCGCAGGCGCAGCGCCGUACUUCGCGCCGUUUGACCGGCGCGUUGCGAAAUUCAACGGCCCACCCUCUUCGCCGUCUGAUCUCACGGUUAGAGAGUUUAUUCGAGAGAUGAGAUCGGUUUUCAGGCUAUGUAAUGUACAGGACGACGCACAGAUCCGUAGUGACAUUGUCAUGCGUCAGUUAGGGGGGAUUGCAAAGAGGGAGAUCCAGCAACUCCCUCUGGAGGAUAGGAACGAUGUCGAGCGAUUGUUCACAGCUCUGAUGAAUAGCUAUGAUGACAGGACAAGUCACAGCGACUAUUUAGGGCAGUUUUACGGCCGGGACCAGAGAAGGGGGGAAAGCAUCAGGGACUUCACCAUAGCACUGCAAGAGUUGUUAAACAAAGCGGAGGAAAGGGCUCCGGUCGUGGCCGGACCCGCAGUUCAGGGCGCAGCCGCCGCGGCGGCCGAGGUUAGAGAUAGAACCUUAAGAGACAGAAUGGUCGACGGUCUUAGGGAUGACUCAGUGAGGCGCCAGUUGAAAAGAGAAAUACAGAACAAUCAUGCCAUGACGCAUCAGCAGGCCAAGGAAGCUGCUAUGCAGCUAACGGGGGAGUGGGAGGCCAGGAGACAAGGGUCCGCCCAAGUUCAGGCCACGGCCUGGGAGGAGGGGCCGAGCCCUCAAACCGGUAGUAAUAGCUAUAACACUAGUCGGGUCGAACAGUUGUUGGAACGGACCCUGGAAAUGCUCACCAUCAAUCUUCAAAUGAAUCAGCCACGCGACCAGCCCCGCAGACAGAGUCAAAACAAUAGUUGUUAUAACUGCGGGAAGGAGGGGCAUUAUGCGAGAGAUUGUCAGGCCAACAGCGUCUGUUACAACUGUGGGGAAGAGGGUCACAUGGCUCGUGGAUGUCUGAGAAGGCCCAAGGCCAGGGGGGAUAACCGCCGCAAGUCUGACGAGUGUUAUAGGUGUGGUGAGCCGGGCCACGUAGCAAGAGAUUGCCGUGGAGAAUCACAGACCCCCCGUUCUAGCAUGCCCCCAAACUAGAGCGGUCUGCCCCCGACAGCGGCCCGGGGGUGGAUAGAGUCGAUAAAGCGCUGCCAAGCGAAGUUAAGGUAGACACUAGUAGGGUAGGGACCAUUGUUAAGGAUGAAGUAGAGGGAGUAGGAAACACAAAUAGAACGCAAAA